AUGGAGCAACCAUCUGAUCGUCCUAAACCGAAAAGACGUCGACCUCCAAAAUACACCACUGUUGAAGAAAGAAAAGCGGCGCAGAGUGCCCGAGAGCGGGAGAAGCGCCAGGCUGCACGCGCUGCACAACCCCUGAAAUUUGUUCACUAUCAUUCCCCGUCGGUGCCUCGGUCCACUGGCAUUAACGAAUCUCCACUAAGCUACUUUCCUCCAGGAGAACUCUCUAUCACCACCGAGGUUGAGCGACAAGCCCCAUCUCUCAGCCCUGGCCUUGCGUCAUGGGAACCGUCUACUCUGGAAUUCCUGCCCGUGGAUGAUGAGCUAUCGCUAAAAUCCAUGCCUGAUGUGAGCAAUGAGCCUGCUACACACACCACGCCCGAAACUGCACCAAGUGAGAUCAACCCAGCCGGCCCCAUACCAGAGACGGCUGAAAGCCUCAUCCAAGAGCCUGCUACACACACCCCGCCCGAAACCACACCAAGUGAGAUCAGCCCAGCCGGCCCUAUACCGGAGACAGCCGAAAGCCCCUUCAAGCGACCGAAACAGGCGUGA